AUGGAUUUGGACCCCGACUCUCCUACAUACUCCCAGGUGAUCCACAGGCUCCCAGUCACCCACAUCGGCGAUGAGCUGCAUCACUCUGGCUGGAACUCGUGCAGCUCCUGCCAUGGUGAUCCAUCAGCAAAGCGUCACUUCCUGAUCCUUCCUUCAUUGUUGUCAGGACCUUGGUGCUGGGACCUCACUGCCAGGAUUAGUAGCUGCAAAGAGCUGACUGCCUGCUUCUUCCCUGGGAUUGUGUUCAUCAUCCUCACUGUGCUUAACUCCAUUCUGUGGGGCAAGAAGAGCACUGGAGCUCUACCCAUCUCACUGUUCUUCACCCUCCUGGCCCUGUGGUUCUGCAUCUCUGUGCCACUCACACUUAUUGGAGGCUUGCUAGGCACACGUGCUGCAAGCAUCGACUACCCUGUCCGAACCAACCAGAUCCCACGAGAGAUUCCUGAGCGCAAGUUCCCCUCAUGGUUGCUUGUGCUCGGUGCGGGAACAUUGCCAUUUGGUACUCUCUUCAUUGAGCUCUUCUUCAUCCUUUCCAGCAUUUGGUUGGGAAGGUUCUACUACGUCUUUGGCUUCCUGUUCAUUGUCCUCUUCCUGCUGGUCAUAGUCUGUGGUGAGGUUUCUCUGGUCCUGACCUACAUGCACCUUUGCGUGGAGGACUGGAAAUGGUGGUGGAAGGCCUUCUUUGCUUCUUGCUCUGUCGCAUUCUAUGUGUUCCUCUACUCUAUUAACUACCUGGUGUUCGAUCUCAGGAGCCUGAGCGGACCAGUUUCUGCCACACUCUACCUUGGCUAUUCCCUGAUCAUGGCCCUUGCAAUCUUGCUCUCCACUGGCGCCAUUGGUUUCCUGCUCUCCUUCUACUUCGUGCACUACCUCUUCUCGUUUGUGAAGAUUGAUUAGAGGUGUGCCCCGCUGCCUCUUUCUGCAAUAGAGUCAUCUGAUCAUGGUAAUAGUUACCCUCCUAGAAAUACUACACAAUAAAUCAAAUGGAAAAAAUGGAUACAUGGCAACGCCCAUGGCUUUUGGUCAUGAUUAAUUCAAUCAUUUAGCUCAGCACAGUCACUCAAGUUGAAACUUAAUUCUUAGGAAUGAUUGUAAGUUCUUCAGCUAUGUUUAUUGCACUUUGUAAUACCAUUCAGUUUUGCUUGCUCUGGGCAUUUGUGAGCAGCCUUUGGUUUUGGAACACUUGAGAUCUAUUCAAUAUGAAAAUGAAGCUAUUCAUUUACAGUUCGUUA